AGGAUUUUGGACAUACGAGGAAAAACAAAAUAUGAUUAGAUCAAAGAACAAAGUUCGGCAAAUUUUGUUUUCUAGAAAUUGAUCAAUUUGGUUCCAGUCAUAUUUUUCAUAGUUUUGUAUGUUUUCUUACCUUACUUGCAUGUAGUACACAACUAAACCGGUAAUUUAUAAUUGCGUAAUUUACAUUUCUAUGUAAUAGUUUUCUUAGUAAUGUAGGAAAUUUUAGGCCUAUUUUUAGUUCAUUUACUUUAGAUAUAUUUGUAAAAGGCUGUUUGAUUUCUAAAUAAAUUAAAAAAAAAAUGAUACGGGGCCAGAAAAACGAAAGCGAUCACUGCAAAAAAGACGCAAAUUAAGUUUGUAUCAAAUACGACCUUAUGAUAUUACACAGGUAGACAUACGCCCUUCUGGUAUAGCGCGAUGUAUGCGAGUCAAUAUAUAGGGCUAAGAACUUCACAUAUAUGGCACAGCUCCUCAGAUAAGAGCUAGUUGUGUCUUUUAAUAGCGACUGCUCAGUCGUAAACGAUAAACCUUUUUUAAAAAGAAGAAAAAUCCACUCAGCUAUAUUUUUUUCUAGUUUGGAUGAAUUUUAGAAAAAGGCAUCAGGUUUAAAAACAAUACAAUAGCUAGAAAAUAAAACCCAGAGCAUACGGCAGUUGUUAAAAUGGUGAAAUUGUUGUUUAGUGUGUUUUUAUUUGUUAUUGUGAGAGCGGUAGAAUAUUCUAAAGCUGGAGAAGGAUAUCCUGUAGGAUUUAUUUCCGAUUGUCCAGGGUCCUGGAAACCAGCAUCGAUCAAACCCAAGUCUUUAGAAAAGCUGUACCUCUCAGUCCUGGCCCCCGGCAACGUGCUUCGAGCCAAGUGGACUCCAUACAACUACUACCAAAUGCAGCAGUUAGCCAAACAUCCCGAGAUAGACUUUGGAAAGAAGACUUUCCUCUACGUCGGUGGAUACCUUGACGGGACGGGACUGCCUGUCGGAAGGACCUUAGGGCAGGUGUAUAACGAGUUGGGAUAUAAUGUUCUCCUUUUGGAUUAUUUGGAGUUUACUGCGAGGGAUUUUCCUGUUGCGGUUCGUCUAACCAGACCAGUGGGGAAGCACGUCGCCGAAAUGCUGGCCAACCUUACAACACUCGGCAUGGACCCAAAAAACCUGGAGCUGGUCGGCUUAAGCCUGGGCGGACAGACCAUGAGCUUCAUAGCCAAGAACUACCGUCUGAUAACCGGGAAAAACAUCUCUUCGCUUACCGGCCUCGACCCAACCGGCCCCUGCUAUAGACACCUCGGCCCAGAUCAGAGAUUAGACCCCUCCGAUGCUGAUUUUGUACGAGUUGUAGCCACGAAUAUAGAUGGCUAUGGUAUAGCAACUCCGGUCGGACACGUCAUGUUCUACGUCAAUGGGGGAGAGUACCAACCUGGGGAUAUCUGGUGGCUCCCAUGCGACGUCACUUGCAGUCAUGUCAGGUCUUACUUCCUCUGGCUUUCGGCGUUAUUAAACCCUGGAAUUUUCAUAGGCAUGCAAUGUGAUUCAAUACAGAAGGCUAGAGAGGGUAACUGCUAUGAUAGAAAACCGAUGGUAACGAAUACGAUGGAUUUAUUUACGGAUAGAAGCAAACCGGGAAUUUAUUAUGUAACAACGUUUAAUAGAUAUCCAUAUGGUUUAGGGAAGAGUGGGUUGAAAAGGAGUGGGGAGACAAUUCUAAGGCACUUGGCUUCCCUAAAUACUGCUGAGACGUUGUGGGUGAAAUAAAUUCAUUUACCUACUAGUAAAGAAAAUUUGAAAUAGAUGUGUAUUGUCAAAGAAAACCUUAUAACGACGUUAAUUUCCUGCCAUCUUUCGACACAUAAUUCUAACUUUUAGAACACCAUUUGACUUUGAUUCUUAUUCUUUUACUGAUAUGUGUUAAAUACCAAAAAGUGGCGCCAUCUAAUAGAUCAAAGGCCAAAGGUAUAAUAGCAUCGUUUCGAGCAAAAGCGCCAUAAGCUUUAGGCAGUGCCCGGUAAGAUGGCGCCACUUAUUUAGAUAUUUAACAAAUUGAACACAUAUCAGUGAAAGAAUAAAGAUCUAAGUCAAAUGGCAUUGUAAAAGUUUUAAUCAUGUGUCGAAAGAUGGCAGUAGAUUUACGAGGCAACAAAGUUUUCUUUGACAAUACACCUCUAUUUCAAAUUCACCUUCCUUAUACUAAUAAUCUAUUUAUAGUAAUGUUGUACCCCAUUUUCACCACUUUAAGGGAUGAUUUCCGUUGUAACUAUAUUCUUUACCGGAUGCAAAUGAUUGACACAUCCAUCAUACUAUGUGUUCGUAUCGUACCUAUCUA